ACCAUAGCUGAGUACCUCCCUUUAAACGAGAAGGAGAACAUUGAUAUAUCCAUGUUUAAGAUCUGCACCAAAUCUGUGCAAGCUGCCAUGUUUUGGAGGGAACAGGAAGUGUCUGUUACCAUAGAUACAGAGAUGAUGAAAAAGUUUUCUAUUGUUACGACUGAACAUCACCUGACCCAUUUAACGUGCACCACCACUGACCUGGACACAGAGACUCUAUUGACCAUCACGCAACACAUCCGGUCACUGCAGCCGGCCGGCAGCGGCAGGGUUUUGUACAUGUGCAGGAAUGGAGCAGACUACAGUGGCCUGGUCUGUGUUCUGUCCCUUCUGCUGGACCGGAUGGACAAUGACCAUCACUUGACCGUUCCUCUGGUUGUUGGAGCCAUCAAGGCAAUCAGACCCCAGGUCAUUCCCACCCUGGACCAAUAUAGACUUCUGUACAAAGCGCUUCCAUCUGUACAGCGAAUCAUUCCACGAAUACAGCAACUUUGGUGCCAGCAGCAGCAUCCAGUGAGUCUAUUAGGAAAAAAGUAA